AUGCAGGGAUUGUCCAUCCAAAGUCUCAAAAGGCACAAGGCCUUGAUUCCUUUGUACUUCUGUACUGCUUUGGGUUGCCUUGGGGCUGGAUUCUACACCCUCAGGUUGGCACUACGUAACCCUGAUGUACAAUGGAAUCGUGAUGGACAAAUCUCUAACGAGGAAUUUAGAGCCAAACAAUACAAGUUCUACUCCCCCAACGUAGAUUACUCUAAACUGGAAAGCCCAGCUCCAAAAUAUUAG